AUGGGCCCUGAGGGGCCCCCCUCUCUGGGGGAGGCCUGGGGGCCCCCGGGCGUACCCUGGGGGCCCCCUGACGAGCCCUCGAAGCUGCUUGAGCAGUUUCUUGACCUCUGCGAGGCCCUGCCCUCCGCCCUAGAAGCAGCAGCAGACGCAGCUGUGUCCGCAGCAGCAGCAGCCCCAGAAGCAGCACCAGCAGCAGCAGCAGCAGCUCCAGCAACAGCAGCAGCAGCAGCAGGCGGCGGAGCUCUCGGACUGGAGCUGCACCUGCCGCCAAACCUGCGCAGCUGGCUGCGGGCAGCACUGGGGGCCCUUUGGCCGCUGCUGGGGGCCCCCCAGCUGCAUGCAGUGGCGCUGCAGCACUUUGCUGCUGCGCUGCAGCAGCACGCAGUUGAGCGGCUCUCCCGGGACUUCUGGGACUUCUGCUGCCCCCGCCCCCGUUCGGCAGCAGCAGCAGCAGAAAACAGCAGCAGCAGCAACAUCAGCAGCAGCGACUGCUGGGUUGCUGCUGCUGAUGUGGAAGCCAGUUUGCUGCAGUGCGCCUUGAGAGUUUACCUCCAACUGGCUUUUGCCUUUGAGCUGCUGGCGGCCCUCACAGCCCACUGGGAGGAGCCGGAGAACAGGCCGCAGCAGCAGCAGCAGCAGCAGCAGCAGCAGUGGAGCCACGGCGCGUGCUGCUGCCCGUUUAGGGAGAUAUCUGCUGCUCUCGUUGUGGCUGUCCGAGAAGCUGUUGCAGCAGCAGAGCCUCCUCAAGCUGAGGGGCUGCUGAGGCUGCUGCUGCGGCGCCAGAUGAGGAAGUUUGCUGCUGCUGCUGCGGUUGCUGCUGCUGCAGCAGUGGCAGCACAGGAAGCUCUGGCAGCAAAAGGCUGCGGGCGCUCUGACGUUGAGAACGUGGCAGUGAUGCUGCUGCAGCUACUGCUGCAGCAGCUGCAGCACAGACACAGCAUCGCAGCAGCUCCAGAGACAGCUGCAGCAGUUGCCGCCUUCCUUGCUGCUGCUGCUGCCGCUGAAGAAGAAAGCUCUUGCUAUGCAUGCCAGCAGCAGCAGCAGCAACAGCAGCAGCGGAAAGAACCUGGUGCUGCUUCCAAAAAGCUAGCCUUUCCACCGACAGGUACGGAGGGUCUGUUGGAGCUUCUUACUGCUGUUCUUACUGCUGCGACACAUGACCCAGCAGCAUUCGAGCAGCAGCAGCAACAACAGCAGCAACAGCAACAGCAGCAGCAACAGCAGCAGCAGCAGCAGCAUGAAAGGCAAUUUGUGAGACGAGCAAACACGCCCCCAAAGCUGCGCACUUUGCUGCCGCUGCGGCGCCGCCGCACAGCGCCAGCCACUGCAGCAGCAGCAACAGCAGCAGCAGCAGCAGGUGGCGAAGCAGCUAGUGGGCUCCGGGUGGGUCAGCCCACGAUAGGGGACGCUGCCUGGAGCAGCAGCAACAGCAGCAGCAGCGCAGCAGCAGCAGCAACAGCAGCAGCAGCCGAGAGCAGCAGCCUCAUUGACCACUGGUCUUCGUCGCAUUUCCCUUCUUCCGCGCAGCAGCUGCUUCAGGUGUCGCUGCUGCUGCACCGGGCGCUGCAGAAGGCGCCACAGCAGCAAACUGGAACGCCUCCAGCAGCAGCAGCAGCAGCAAGCAGCAGCAGCUGCGUGCCUUGCAGCAGCUUUUGUGUCUCUUGCGGGGCCUCUUCAGACUGGCUGCUGCGAGAAGAAGCAUUUCGAAGCAUUUGUGGGGCCCCACAGAGCAGCAGCA